AAUGGUUAAGGUUUACUGAAAAUCAUUUAAAGAGCCGAAAAAACACGAGGGGAAACGGAGGAGAAGAUGGGAUACGUAUUGCGGGUGAGAUUGGCGUCUUUCUUCACCGGUGCAGCGACGGCAUCGUUGCUGGGGUUCUACAUCCUCUACAAGGAUUACAAGGUCGCUCAUGAAUCAAUCUCUCAACAGGUUAAAGCUGUUCACGAAUCACUGGAUGGGCGAAUCUCUGUUCUAGAAAAUUUGAAAAAAACUGAAGUUUCACAUGUGGAAGCAAGUCAAGCAACAGAGUAGGUCAUUCCAGACAACUUUCUGCAGCUGAUGUUGUGACCCCAUGAAAGUUAAUAUCUUAGAAGGGGGUUUUUGUUUUUACACCCUCUAAAUAAAGAAACAAUCAUCACUUUAACUGUUAUGUACUACUUACACUGUGCUCGAGUAUUCGACAUUGUUUAAACCUUGUG